AUGGCAAAGUUUAGUACUCUGUCGCCUGCCAGGGCACUGUUACUGCUAUCCUUCGUAACUGCUACGUUGUCGCAGCCGGGUUGGCAGCCCGGUCGUCCGGCAAACCAAGGAGCUGCCGGUGGCUGGCAACCAGGUCAGCAACAGCAACCAGUCGGCGGUGGCGGCGGUUGGCAACCAGGCCAGCAACAAGGCGCUACUGGUGGUGCAGUUGGCUGGCAACCAGGCCAGCAGCAACAGCCUCCUCCACAGCAGCAGCAGCCUCCAGUGCAGCAGCAGCAACCACCUGUGCAACAACAACAGCCCCCCCCACAACAGCAACAACCCCCUCCACAGCAGCAACAGCCUCCUGUUCAGCAGCAACAACCACCAGUGCAACAGCAACAACCCCCUCCACAACAACAACAGCCCCCUGUCCAGCAGCAGCAGCCACCGGUUCAGCAGCAACAGCCACCUACUCAAGGCGGCGCUGUCACGCUUCCUGGAACUUACAAUCCCAGUGGAAAUGUCCAGAAUACUGCAAUCUGUGGACAGAACAACCUUCAGACUUAUUCCGCCCCAGAUGGAAGCCACUUCAUGCUAAAAUGCAACACUCACCAUUGGUCCAAGACUUUGGAAUCGGUCAAGGCUGAUACCCUCCAAGAAUGCAUUGAUAAGUGUGCUGCAAAGGAUGGCUGCAAGGCCGUAAACUUCGAUGCCCCCAAUGGCAAAGGAUGCUACCUCAUGGGCGAAGGUGGACUCACCAAUAAAGCUGUUGAUUGCCCGAACCACCACUAUGCCUUCCUCGUUGAUCCACCCACUCAGCCUGCAGCUAAUGAUAUGACCGUUAUGUGCUCUACUGAAUGCCCAUACGCCAAUCAUAACACCUACAAUACUAUCUUUGGUUCUGCUUUCCGCAUUGUCUGCAACCGUCGUCACGCAACUCCUCAUAUUUUGUCCGAAGGACAAGCCUCUUUCAAGGACUGCAUGAACGCUUGUGCCGGGAUUAAUGGAUGUGACAGUGUUGACUACCACGAGCGAAGCAAGACUUGCUACUACUCCAAUCACAAGGGUUACCCACCAGUCGAAGCAACCGGAUACAGCAGCGCCUGGAACGUUGGAUGUGCCAACGCUUGCGGUGGAGGCUGCGGCUGCGGUUCUGGUACUCCUGGUACACCUCCACAAAUUCCAGUUCAAAAGGGUCCUCUCAAGCCUGAUACAUCUUGUGGAAAUCUUGGAAUGCAACAUUACGCCUCUCCAAAUACUGACCUAAAUGGCAAUAAGGUUACUGAUAUUGCCAACUUUGAUCCUACUGUCCUCAAGCGACGUAAUCCGAAUACUGCUGGUCAGACCUCAGACAAUCCAUCUUACUACCGCCACGGAACUAAUGUUAGAGUUGGCUUCAACGCGGGCUCCGUCAAUCCUGUUGACAUUUACGGCACUCCACAUGAUUUCGGUCAAUAUGCUGAUCUCGUCGCUAUCAACCAUCGUGCUUAUAUCUUUGCACCAGAAGACGGCACAUACACUUUCAGCCUCCCAUCCAGCGAUGACAUUACACUCCUUUGGGUCGGUCAAAAGGCCUACUCUGGAUGGAACCGUCAAAACGCCGAUAUCAUCCAACAAUUCGUCUCCUCAGGUGGUACCCCAGUCGUAUUCAGAACUGAUCUCAAGAAGGGAACAUACACUCCCAUUCGUAUCGCCUGGGCCAACCGUGGCGGUGCUGCCAACUUCAAGCUUAGAAUCAUGUCCCCAGAUGGGUCAGUUCUUCUUGCUGAAGACAGUGAGUCGAACGACUACAUCGUCCAGCACUCCUGUGAUGGAUACACCGCACCUAAAUUCCCAGAAUGGGGAUUCGAGACUUAA